AUGUAUCCUCCCGGCCGGCAUCUGCCAAUCUGGGCGUUUGACUCGACGCUGUUAUCGCCUCCAGAGUUCCCCAUGUCCCUGGACGCCUCGCGUCAGAUCACACAAAUAUCCGUUUGGCCGGCAUGGGGGGCCGCUGCAUUGUACAUCCGGGCCCCUGGUAAUGCUACCAGUCACCAGUUACUAGGUACCGAAGCCCUAUGCAAGCUCGGGGCCCCAUUGCCUAGCACGGCUUGCUACAUCCAAGCCCUGAACCCUCCGCACAUCUACUUUGUUCUGUUUGCGCUCCACAAUUCGUCUUCAUCUUUGAGUCUUUCCUUCUCCUGGUUGUAUCCAGCUUCGUGUUCCCUCGAUCCUGGUUCAGUCCCCCACACCUCCUCACCACCCCGACAGGCACGGCGUCAUCGAGAUAUCCAGGACUUUUCCGUUUCAAGGUUCAUCCCUGCUGCUCGCCUCUUUCCCCGGGUUGGCCGUUAUGGAGAGGAAGGAAACAACUCCCCUCAAGCCCCCAUCGUGGAUAUCGCCUCUCUUCUCCAGGACUCCGACUCAAAUGAGUCCCCCGUAUCUCCUACCCAGCAACCACCAUUUAGCACCGUCCCAGCAUCCGCAACGUCAACGAUACAAUCUACAAGCGGCCCGCCCCCGGCACUUUUCGCCAUAACAACGAGUCCGUUAUCUCCCCGAUUUGGCACGGCGGACGGGACCCGAGUCAGGGUACCGAGCAUCUCGGGCCCAACACUAAGCUCAAGGAGAGCCUCACGUCCUAGGAGCGGUGGCGGGAAGCGCAGCAUGCCGCCGCACACAUUAGAGUCGCCUGCUAAGAAGCAGACCAAGUGGUCGUCCCAAGAGGACACCCUCAUCAUCGAACUCCGAGGCAGUGGAAUGAAAUGGGACGACAUCUCGAAGAAGCUCCCCGGUCGGAGUGCUAUCAGCUGCCGACUCCAUUACCAGAACUACUUGGAACGCCGCAGCGAGUGGGACGAGGAACGGAAGAACAAACUCGCAAGGCUUUACGAGAGGUUCAAAUCCGAGAUGUGGGCCAAAGUAGCCGAGGAGAUGCAGCUCCCAUGGCGCGCGGUCGAAGCUAUGCAUUGGCAACUGGCCCCGUACAACACACCCGCGUACGCUCAGGGCGGCGGCGGCCCACCACCGCCCCCAACCCCAUCCCACCCGUACUACACCCACAACCCGCACCCACCAACCUACCCCCCGUACCAACACCAACAACCGAGCACUACCACCAGCCCGAUUCACAGCAGCGCGACAGCUAGCCCGGGGCCAGGCGGAGGCCUGCUCCCCGCGCUGUCACCAUACCCACAACAGUACGAGUCGGCGCCGGGACCGGGGCAGGGAUCCAGCAAGCGGCGGGCGAGCCCGCCCGACCACCGCCUCGGCAGCCGCGAGUCCACUCGCCGGAGACAGGAUCCCUACUCGUCCUCGUCGGCGGCGGCGCGCGACGGACCGACGAGGGAUGAUUACCCACCACCACCACCUCCGCCCCCCCAACAACAGCCUUCAGCGGCGGGGGGGUUUGGGAUGGGGCAUGCGCUUCCUGCGUUUGGGAUGGGGGCUGCGGUGCCUGCUAGGCGCGGAUCGACGAGGCAUGGGUUGUGA